AUGUCUGGCAACAAAAUAAACACAACGCGCACCGUCGAGAUACCACCCUUCGAUGGUACCGAGUCUGUUAUGGUGUGGCUCAGACGCGCGAAAUUCUAUUUACGGGAGAUCUCAGAGGCCGACAGGCCCUGGACGCUACUCAAGGCCCUUGCGCCUAAACAGUUAGAUAAAGCGCUCGACGCUGGCCUUGACGCCGAUCUACCCUUUGACGCGCUUUGCCAACGCCUGGCUAACUUGUUCAGCCAAACGUACUCUGUCGGCGACGCGAUGGAUCAGUUGCAGGAACGGCGAUUGAAACAGGACGAAACCCUGAACCAGCUGGUGCAGGAUCUCGAACGCCUGACAACUGUGGCUUUUCCUUCAUUAGGAUCUGAGGAUAAGGAUAACAUUGUGCUUCAUUAUUUUAUUAAAGCCCUACCGCCCUCCGAACUGUCACGGUCACUGGUACUACAACCGCCUGGUGAUUUGCGAGAUUCAUUACACAGAGCAGAACGUUAUAUCAGGUUGGACAGCGCCACUCAGAGCCACCCAAAGCACUCAUAUCGACACCAUUGGCGUCGACCUGACUUAGCCUUGGUAAGGAGCCGCCUCCCUCUUAGACCUCGCUUUACAGGCCCCAACUCCAGCCAAUCUAACCAGCAAGGUAGACCUUUCUGUAGACCCGGAGGUCGUCCGCCGUACCGCAACCAGGCGUACACCUGCAGCCAUACACCAAGUACACUGUCCAUUACCUCAUGCAACGAUCUCCACGAUAAGGCAACUCCAUUCUAUGCUCGAUUAUUAGUUAACAACCAAGAAGUUAAUGCGCUGAUAGAUACAGGAGCCACAGUCUCCCUAGUUAAUCCACGAAUCAUACCAAAACAGCUAUACGCCAUCAGGACACCGGCAUGUCCGUGCACUCAGCUGACAGCAGCAGACGGUUCUCGAAUGAAUCAUAUAGGAACCGUAUCACUUGACGUAACCCUCCCACAGAGCACGUCCAGCCACACUUUCAUCGUGACCCCCAAAUUAACAUGGGAUUUGGUGCUCGGAAUUGAUUUCUUAGCACGACACGGCUGUCAGAUAGACGUUAAACAGCGAACGGUACAGUUCAACACAAAAAAGGAAGAUGAACCCAUGACGUCAGCGAUAGUUUUCGAUGACGCAGCCAUAUGUGCGGCUAUCCAGACCUCAGUGCAAAUACCGCCUACUUCUGUGAACGAUAUAUUAUCAAAGGCGGGGGAAACCGCCCGUGACCGUCAGGCCCUCAAAGUCCUACUACUCGAUUUCGAGGACGUGUUUGCGUGGGACGAGUAUUCCCUAGGCCGAACGAACCGCAUCCGGCAUUCCAUCGAGACAGGCUCUGCUAAGCCCAUUUGGCAACCUCCGCGUCGGAUUCCUGUCCAGUACCAAAAUGAAGUUCGCGAUCUAUUAGAUAACAUGCUAGCUACGGGAGUAAUUAGACCGUCGCACUCGCCGUGGGCCUCCCCAGUGACAUUGGUACCCAAGAAAGACGGUAAACUGCGGUUUUGUAUCGAUUACCGACGCCUAAACGCGGUCACGACACGCGACUCGUUCCCAUUACCGCGUAUAGAAUGUACCUUGGAUGCAUUGGCCGGAUCCCAGUGGUUUUCCACCUUAGACCUCAUGUCGGGCUAUUGGCAGGUAGAGGUGGAACCUACAGAUCGUCAGAAGACGGCCUUUAUCCUGCCACAAGGGUUGUUCGAGUUCGAGACUAUGCCGUUUGGAUUGUGCAAUGCAGCCGCUACCUUUCAGCGACUCAUGCAGGUCGUACUAGCGCACUUGUAUCCCCAACAAUGUCUGGUGUACCUUGAUGAUGUGAUCGUCUUCGGUAGAACGAUCGCACAGCAUAACCAAAAUCUGUACGCGGUGUUGGAGGCAUUACGUGAAGCCGGACUGCGUCUGAACCCACAAAAAUGCCAGUUCCUUCGCCGCCAGGUGUCAUAUUUGGGCCACGAGGUCUCCGCAGCAGGCAUACGCGUCGCCCCGGAGAAGAUAGACGCUAUACGAUCCUGGCCUACACCACAAACCCCCACGGAGGUCCGAGGAUUCAUCGGAUUGGCUUCCUAUUACCGACGCUUUAUCGCCGAUUUUGCCGGCAUUGCGAGACCGUUGCAUAGACUGACUGAGAAAGGACGGAGAUUCCUUUGGUCAGAAGAGUGUCAAACUGCGUUCGACGACCUUAAAGCCCGCCUUACAACAGCCCCGAUACUUUGA